GGACCCAACUCGUUCACUCCCAAAAAUUCCUCAAAUAAGGAAAGCAUCCAAGUUUUUUUUCUUCCUCUCUGCUUCUUUCAUCUUCUCUGCUUUCUAGCUCUUAAUUUGGAACUGAGUUCUUUAAUAGUAAUAAUAAUAUUGCAUGAUUUCUCUUCACCAAACACUCAAUUUCCUGUUAUUUUUUCGAUUUAUACACUUGAGGAAAAAAAAGAUCUGUUCAAUACUCUCUGUUCUUGAUCAUUGAGUGGUGUUUAUCCAUCCAAACUUCCCCAUGCACCCAAUCUCCAAUCCCUCCUCCACCGUCAAUUCUAUUUCACUUCUGUACCUAGCUACUCUAGGGUCAAAGCCACUCUCUCCACCAGCUUAAAUACUUGGUUAAAAUAAAAAACAUAAGAGUACGUACCCUUUAUCCCUAGCUAGCGAAGUAGUGAUUAUUAGCUAAUGAUCUAGAGUUGAUCAUGGCGGACUCAGACAACGACUCUGGAGGACAAAACCCCACAAACACCAACGAGCUGUUAUCCCCAAGAGAGAUGGACCGUUUCUUGCCGGUGGCCAACGUCAGUAGGAUCAUGAAGAAGGCACUACCAGCAAACGCUAAGAUCUCCAAAGAAGCCAAAGAGACAGUACAAGAAUGCGUGUCCGAGUUCAUCAGCUUCAUCACAGGAGAGGCCUCUGACAAGUGCCAGAGAGAGAAGAGAAAGACGAUCAACGGCGAUGAUCUCUUGUGGGCCAUGACGACCUUGGGCUUUGAGGAAUACGUGGAGCCGCUCAAGGUUUAUUUGCAGAGGUUUAGAGAGAUGGAAGGGGAGAAGAAUACCGUGGCGCGUGACAGGGACGCUCCUUCUAAUGGGAGUGGGCCUGGAGCGGAGGGGUUAAGUGGGUACGUGUACGGCUCUGGUGCUGGGUUUUAUAAUCAGAUGGGUGGUGGUGGGGCUGGAGAUAGCUUGGGUAGGCUCAGAUAGUGGUUGAUUUCAUGAUGGGCCUAACAAUCAUGGACUUUGAGGUUGCUUCCUGCCCAAUUGAUUGUUCAAGAUGAUGAUGAUAAGGUGAUUGAGGGUGAAAGACGAUGAAUCAGUUGUCGUAAUCAUGUAUACGUGUAUGGUUCUGAUGGGCUACAUCGAACAGCUGUGAAUGGUGGGCCUGGUAAAUUUGGGUGUAGGCCCAGAUAAUUAUAUUGUUGAUGAUGUAUUAUUUAUUGCACAGCAAUAUCACUAUACCUAAUUACACUA